AGGUUCCUUCCGGCUUGCUCGGCAUCGCUCGAGCCGCUGGAGCCAAGAUGGAGGAAUACGCGCGUGAACCUUGCCCCUGGCGAAUUGUGGAUGACUGUGGUGGGGCCUUUACAAUGGGUACCAUAGGUGGUGGUAUCUUUCAAGCAAUCAAAGGUUUUCGCAAUUCUCCAGUGGGAGUAAACCACAGACUACGAGGGAGUUUGACAGCUAUUAAAACCAGAGCUCCGCAGUUGGGAGGUAGCUUCGCAGUUUGGGGAGGUCUGUUUUCCAUGAUCGACUGCAGUAUGGUUCAAGUCAGAGGAAAAGAAGAUCCCUGGAACUCCAUCACAAGUGGUGCCUUAACCGGAGCCAUACUGGCAGCAAGAAAUGGACCAGUGGCCAUGGUUGGGUCAGCCGCAAUGGGUGGCAUUCUCCUAGCUUUAAUUGAAGGAGCUGGUAUCUUGUUGACAAGAUUUGCCUCUGCACAAUUUCCCAAUGGUCCUCAGUUUGCUGAAGACCCCUCCCAGUUGCCUUCAACUCAGUUACCGUCCUCACCUUUUGGAGACUAUCGACAAUAUCAAUAGGACUUCUUUCCUAGGAUUUCUUUAACAGAAUGAGCUGUAGUUCAAGAAGGAUUUCAGGAGAUCAACUUACAAUCUGUUUUUAAAAGCAUAGGUGGAACAACUACGGCCAAAUAGCUAUGAAGAGACAUUUAGCACUUUUUUCUAUUUAAAGAAACAUUGGGAGGGGAGUGUUAAAAGAUAAUACAUUUAUUUAUUCACACUUGGAUUGCAUUUGUGAUCAAAAUAAAUGUCCAAUAUCAUUAAAAGAAAAUAUAAUAAGUGCUUAAGAAGAUGAAGGACCAAAGGGCAAGUACAAUGAAACGUGACCAUCAUUCCUUGGGGACCUCUCUACUUGGUUUUGUAUGUUCUGUUAUUCAAACAAUAAAAAGCUCCUGGAACUUA